ACAAGCUCCAGUCACGUGACAGUAGGUGGUCAUCUGAUCGCACCGGAAAUCGCUGCCUGCAAGCUCCAGGCGCCAUGAGGUUCCGGUUCUGCGGGGACCUGGACUGUCCCGACUGGGUUCUGGCGGAGAUCAGCACACUGGCCAAGAUAUCCUCUGUGAAGCUGCGGCUGCUGUGUAGCCAGGUGCUGAGGGAGCUUCUGGGACAGGGGAUCGAUUAUGAAAAGAUCCUGAAGCUCACAGCGGAUGCCAAAUUUGAGUCUGGGGACGUGAAGGCUACAGUGGCGGUGCUGAGCUUUAUCCUGUCCAGUGCAGCCAAGCACAGCGUAGAUGGCGAGUCCUUGUCCAGUGAGCUGCAGCAGCUGGGGCUCCCCAAAGAGCACGCAGCGAGCCUGUGCCGCUGCUACGAGGAGAAGCAGGGCGCCCUGCAGGAGACCCUUCGUGCCUGCAGCCUGCGCGUGAACAGGCUGGUGGGCGUGGGCUGGCGCGUGGACUACACCCUGUCCUCUAGUCUGCUUCGCUCUGUGGAGGAGCCCCUGGUGCACCUGCAGCUGGAGGUGGCAGCGGCCCCCGGUGUUGUGGCCCAGCCUGUGGCCAUGGCGCUGUCAGCGGACAAGUUCCAGGUCCUCUUGGCAGAGAUGAAGCAGGCCCAGGCCCUGAUGAGCGCCCUGGGUUAAGGAGGAGGAGGAGCUCAGCUGCCGUCUGUGUCAAGCUGCUGUCCCCUAACUUCAGGGGUGGCUUCAUUUCUGCAUGUGGGAGGCCUGGCCAAGGCCUCUUGCAUCUCCUGGUUUCUCACUCAAGAGUUCAGCGCAGACUCCUGAGAGCCUUUCCUGCAUUGCCUCCCUCCCCUCGAAAGGCAGGAAGAAUAAAGAGAGUAUAAAGGAG